AUGGAAGGCCUCUCACAAAUGGAAAGUGUGAUAGAAGAACCCCUUCUGAGAAAGCAGAAUUGCAAUGCCAAGGGUGGCUUCAGAACCUUACCUUUCAUCAUAGCAAAUGAAGCCUUUGAGAGACUGGCUAGCCUUGGGCUAAUGCCUAACAUGAUAUUGUACUUGACAAAAGUGUAUGGCAUGCAAACUGCAGGAGCCACUAAUUUUCUCCUGCUAUGGUCUGCUGUCUCAAAUUUCACCCCAUUCAUUGGGGCUGUGCUUGCAGACUCCUAUGUGGGUCGAUAUUCCAUGAUUGCUUUUGGAUCUGUUGCAAGCCUACUGGGGAUGAUUCUUCUGUGGCUAACAACUUUGAUUCCUUUGUCAAAGCCAUUUUGCAACCAAUUUACCGACAGCUGCGAUAACUCUCCUACAACAAUUCACCUUUUGAUCUUGCAUUCUUCUUUUGCCCUAAUGUCCAUUGGAGCUGGAGGCAUAAGAUCAUCCUCCUUGGCCUUUGGUGUGGAUCAGUUGAGUAAGAGGGACAAAGAGGCAGGAAUCCGAGAGAGCUACUUCAGCUGGUACUAUGCUGCUGUUUCAGUGGCAUCAUUGAUAGGUUUAACUGUUGUUGUCUAUAUUCAAGAUUAUAUGGGAUGGGCAAUGGGAUUUGGAGUUCCCGUUAUCCUAAUGUUAAUAGCAACUGUAUCAUUUUUCUUAGCUUCUCCGUUUUAUGUAAUGGCGGAGGUUAAAAGGAACAUGCUUAGUGGCGUAGCACAGGUCCUUGUAGCCUCAUACAAAAAUAGAUUUCUCCAGUUACCACUGGAGACCGAGGAUGGUACAUACCACCUAGAGAAGGAUUCUGAUCUCCUAAUGCCAACUCAAAAAUUAAGGUUUCUCAACAAAGCAUGCAUAAUCAGAGAUCCCUUACAAGAUCUAACUGCAGAGGGAAGAGCUAUGAAUCCAUGGAAUCUUUGCACAGUAGACCAAGUGGAAGAACUCAAGGCACUUGUCAAGGUAGUUCCCAUUUGGUCAACAGGAAUCAUGAUGGGUGUGAACAUGAGUCAGGGUUCCUUUCUGGUACUAGAGGCAUCCUCCAUGAACCGCCACAUUACUUCAAACUUCGAAAUUCCUCCUGGCUCCUUUAUGUCAUUUAUGAUAGUAUCUCUAGUACUUUGGGUUAUAAUCUAUGACCGCAUUUUAGUCCCUGUGGUAUCAAAGAUAAAAGGGUGUCCGGCAAACAUAGGAGCAAAGCAAAAAAUAGGAACUGGUCUUUUAACUAGUUGCACAGCAAUUGCAAGCCUUGCAAUUGUGGAGAGCUUUAGACGCAAAAUUGCUAUUGAGCAAGGGUAUUCAGAUGAACCAGAAGCUGUGGUGAAUAUGUCUGCUUUGUGGCUUUUGCCACGCCAAAUCCUUAAUGGUUUGGCUGAGGGCUCAUGUGUAAUAGGACAGAAUGAGUUUUUCCUCUCUGAGCUACCUUCAUCAAUGUCUAGUCUUGCUUCCACUCUUAAUGGCCUUGGAUCUUCUGUUGCAAGUUUGAUAGCAAGUUUCAUUCUGAGUGUUGUGGACAAGGUUACUGGAGGUGGAGGAUAUGGGAGUUGGGUUUCAAGCAACAUAAACAAGGGUCAUUAUGAUUACUACUACAGUCUUAUUUGUGCUUUGAGCUUUCUAAAUUUUAUAUAUUUUCUCUACUGUAGUAAAUCUUAUGGUCCUUGUAAGAACAGAAGAAAGUAG